GUAGGGAACCACAACCACAAUAGAAUGAGCUGUCAAUGGAUCCCCCCCCUAAACUAACUAUAAAUAACACCGCCACAAUUCUCCACGACUACUGCUGCGCCAUCGCCAUCCUUCCCAAGACCCAAGAAAGCACGCCGAGGAAUUACGUGGAGAUCCGCCAAAUCGGUUGCCUAAUCCGGGCUCCCGCCAAGGGUGAGUGAGUGAGUGAGUGCCAUGGGAUUUUUGACUUCUCCUCUUCCUUCUCGCUCUCGCUCUCGCUCUCGCACUCUCCUUCACAAUCCACAAUUCACAGCCUUGCUCUUCGCAUUUCUUCCUUCGUGGACUGCUACCGCCUACUCUUCUAUCCGAUAGAAACCACAAAGAUGUCCUACAACAAACCGGACAACCCACCCCCCUCCUACCCCUCCCCCGUCCACGACGCAGGACCCUACCACUACCAACAGCAGCAACAAGGCUACCCACCCCAAGGCGGCGCCUCCCAGGACUAUUAUAAUCAAGGCGGCGGCGGCGGCUACCCCCCGCCGCAAGGCUACGGCCCCCCGCAAGGCGGCGCUGGUGGCUACUACCCCCCUCCCCAGGGCUAUCCGGGCUCGCCGCCCCCGCAGCAGCAGCCGAUGUACUAUCCGCAACAGCAACCGCCGCCGCAGCAGGGGUACUAUGCCGGAGGGGAUCGGGGCGGGGGCUCGUCGGGUGGGGGCAUGUGUGCGGGCAUUAUGGCGGCGUUGGCUUGUUGUUGUUGCUUGGAUAUUUUGUUCUAGGGUUGGUUGCUGCUGGUGUAUCAUGUUUGGUUUUGAGGGGGUGGGUUGUUGGUGGCUGAGUGAGUGAUGGUGGUUGGUGGUUGGUGGAUGGAUGGAUGCCUUUAUACCAACUUCGGUUAUAGGGGGAUGUAUGGAUGGGUUGAAUGACUGAUUGAUGGGUGGAUGAUGGAUGGAAUGCCUUUAUACCAACUUCGGUGAUAUAGGAUGGGGGAGUUGGGCGUUGCGUUUCUGCGUGAAUGACUGGUUUUGAGUAUUGGGCUGCUUCUUGGGUUCUAGGCCAUUGGUGUUGUGUUUCGCUUUGUUUAUUGUUGUUGUUGUCUAUGCUCAGGGCUGAGAUGGGAAUGCUAUACCAUACUAUACUCUAUUGAUAUGCGCCUUAUUGAUAUUUGAUAUUCAAAUACACCGGGCAUCAUCAAC